AUGUUGUUCAAGGAUGAGCAAGAACCUAGGAGCAUGGCUGUCGUUCCUCCCAACACAAAGCCGUUUCCAGACUGCCGGGCUAGCAGAAGCAACGCUGCUUCGAACGGUAAGCUGCCUCAACAUCAAACGCCGAAGUACGUAAAAUGCCCGACCUCCGACACCAAUGGACCGGGCGUCACGUCGAUAGUAUUCGAAGGACAACGGGGGGGGGGGUGUUGUCCGUGCCUAUGGUUCGAAAAAUUGUUGGGAAGAUACGCCGAGGAGCUGGAAAAGCGACCGUUGAUUUGGAAGUGCGCGACUUCUGCGCUGGUGGGGGCACUGGGGGACGUUAUCUCUCAGGGCGUUUAUUGGGCGAUUCGAGGAGGUAGGGCCAACGCAGUGUGGCACGACACCAACGCAGUGCGACAGUCUCUGGCCGUGGCGAUCGAUGGCUUUUGCGUCAGCGCCCCUCUUCUCCACCUCGCGUACGGCGCGUUGGACAGGUGGUUGCCCGCGGAGGAGAGCAAGGCCUACGCGUUGGCACAAGUCCUCGUGGACGUGUUGGUCCUCGACCCGAUAUUUGGGCUGUUGUUCAUGGUCACGACCGGGCUUCUGGAGGGGAGGUCUUUCAGCCAAGAGAUCAUCCGCACAAUCGAGGACGACUACGUCACCUUGGUGUUCUGGCUUGUUGUGAUCGGGCUGGCCCUGGCCCCACUCCAGGUCUACACGUUCAACCGCUUCCCGGUUAAGUGGCGUGUCCUGAUCUCGGACGGGAUGGACGUGCUGUGGACGUUCGUGGCGUGCUUCGUUAUCGGACCCUUGGAACCACGACGAGACAGCAGCCCCGGUACUUGGGGCGAAGAAUAG